CUCCUGCUCCUGGGGGAGACCCGGAGGGAGCGGCGCCCCCUCCCCCUGCCCGCGCUGGCCCCGCGUGCGCCCAGCUCGCCCGCAGCUGAGACGGCAGGUAAAGGAGAGACCUGUUGGCCUGAGCCGCUGAAGCUGCCUGUGCGGGGCCAGGCUCUGUGGAACGGCGCGCGUGGGUGACACCCCAUCCCUGUGUCUCCACAGGCUUCAGAAUGUAGCAGAAGACCUGGCUCUGCGUGCAGAAAAUGGAAACACCGCAAGAGACGCAAGGAAGGCGCAGACGUGAGGAGCCACAGCACGGAGGGCGCGGCGGACAAGGCGUGAGCGCGGCGCACCCGUAGGCGCACCAGCCGAUGCAGAGGCAGCGGGAGGGACGACGGCCUCGAGGAGAAGCCAAAGAUGCUGACCAGAAAGAUUAAACUCUGGGACAUAAACGCCCACAUCACCUGCCGCCUGUGUGGGGGAUACCUCAUCGACGCGACCACGGUGACCGAGUGUCUGCACACAUUCUGCCGCAGCUGCCUGGUGAAGUACCUGGAGGAGAACAACACCUGCCCCACAUGCAGGAUCGUCAUCCACCAGAGCCACCCCCUGCAGUACAUAGGUCAUGACAGAACCAUGCAGGAUAUUGUUUACAAAUUGGUCCCAGGCCUCCAAGAGGCGGAAAUGAGAAAGCAGAGGGAAUUCUACCACAAGUUAGGCCUGGAGGUGCCUGGAGAUGCCAAGGGGGAGGCGUGCUCUGCAAGGCAGCACCUGGACCCCCACCGGAACGGAGAAACCAAAGCGGAUGACAGUUCGAACAAAGAAGCAGCGGAGGAGAAGCAGGAGGAAGACGGUGAUUACCACCGGAGCGACGAGCAGGUGAGCAUCUGUCUGGAGUGCAACAGCAGCAAACUGCGGGGCUUAAAGCGAAAAUGGAUCCGCUGCUCAGCCCAGGCCACAGUCCUGCAUCUGAAGAAGUUCAUUGCCAAAAAACUUAACCUCUCGUCUUUCAACGAGCUGGACAUUUUAUGCAACGAGGAGAUCCUUGGCAAGGACCAUACACUCAAAUUUGUCGUCGUCACGAGGUGGAGAUUCAAGAAGGCGCCUCUCCUGUUGCACUACAGACCCAAGAUGGACCUGCUGUGAGCACCGCGGAGACGCGGCACCCAGGCGCCCGAGGGCACGCGCCAGGCGGGGCCAGAGCACGCGGGUGCUGCCCCGGGCGCCACGUGGACCGGGCCUCGAACAGAGAGUAUUUAUCACUUUUGUACGAGAGAGAAUCCACACGUGACGAGACGCUCGGCACAGGGUUACAGAUGUGAUGCGCGGGGACCAGCGUGAGGACGACGAGGUGGCGGCCUUCAUUCCAACACGUGACCUUUGCUUGCUUUCCAGGUCUUGAAAAUCUCAGUCACUUCCGUUCAGUUUAUGGAUUAGGUUUCACGAUAGUCCCAAAUACUUGUACGUUUAUUGAACCCUUCCUAAGUUAUUGAAAAAAUGUCUUUUCAUGGAGAAUGACGAUGUUUAUGUUGCCUUCAGCUUCCUGAACACUUAGAAGAUAUUUAAAAAUCUAAUCUAAAAGCAACCCAAAGAGGGCUCCAUGAGUAUCGUGAGUUAGCCACGGUAUUUCACUUUCCACGUUAGGGAACGUGAAGCCGGGGCCUCUGACCCCCGGGGGACCCAGAGCCCAGGGCAGGGUGCUGCCCCCCAGCACCAGUGCAGCUGCUCAGCAGAGCGGACGGGACCAGUCAGCGCUGGUUCUCAGAACAGCUCUUCUUCUGAAAACUUGUUUUUAUUAAAUAGGGCACAAGUUGCUCAGUGCCACUGGUUAACUUCACGCUGAUUCUUUCCCUUUUUCGUUUUGCUGAAGGAAUUGAUGGUGGUUGCGGGGGUGGGGCUGGCGCCCGGGGGUAUGUCUCCACUGAAGCCCCAGGCGUGCAGACCCCAGGGCCCGCCCGGUCCACUCUCAGCAGUGGGCACGUCCGCCCUGCCCACCGCCCUCUCCCAGAGCAGACGGCGGGGCCGGCGGGGUCCUGUGCGUCAGAAGCUGCUGUCCUGUUACUUAGGACCUAAAACCCAGCAAAGGCAGCACGCCCUCUGUUAAC